AUGGCCUCCCUUAAUUCAACAAGUCCCGGCGUGGACGAGUCGCCUUAUCCCAAGGCCCCUUCACAGUUCGCCAUCCUCGACUUUAUCUUCCCGGGCUUUUCUACCUUCUCUAGCAUCCUGCAUGCGUAUCUAGGUAUCGACCUCAACGUCUACCUCCCUCUACUUCUCAUCGUCUCAGGGGUUAUCUUUGUCUGGAACUACAUCACAGAGUAUUCCUGGAACAUCAUGAGAGGGUACCUUAUGUCAAGCGUUCGCAUCAAAACUGAUGAUGAGAUCUAUAACAUUGUCAUGGCAUGGGUCGCCAACCAGAAGUUCGCUCAAGGCUCGCGCCGCUUUAUGGUCAACACCAAUAUUUCCUCCCGGAGUUGGUUCCUCUUCCGUUGGGAUGACGAGGACGAUGAUGACGAGGGUCGAGGCGGUCCCAGCAAGAAGCCUCUCCAGUACACUCCCUCUGUCGGAUCCCAUUUCUUCUGGUACAGGGGCCAAAUGCUUCUCUUCGAACGCCACGAAAACCGAGACCGUAGCCUCUUCUCUUCUAGUUCCAGCGAGGAACUUUCCAUCUCUUGUUUCGGUCGCAACCCACGCAUCAUCAAGGAGCUCCUCCUCGAUGCUCAAGACCAGUACCUGAAGAAAGAUGAGAAGCAGACCGUCAUAUACCGUGGCGCUAUGGGCACAAACGGGGGUGAACCGUCAUGGCAGCGUUGCAUGAGUCGAGCCAGCCGUCCUAUCUCUACAGUCAUCCUCGACGAAAAGACCAAGAAGGAGCUGGUUGAGGAUGUGACAGAUUAUCUGAACCCUAACACUCGCCGCUGGUACUCGAAUCGUGGUAUCCCCUAUCGCCGCGGUUAUCUUCUCUAUGGACCCCCUGGUACUGGAAAGAGUUCGCUCAGUCUUGCCUUGGCUGGUUUCUUCCGCAUGCGCAUCUACAUGGUCAGCCUGAGCUCUGUCAUGGCUACUGAAGAGAACCUGGCAACUCUUUUCGCCGAACUCCCUCGUCGCUGCGUGGUACUCCUGGAAGAUAUCGACAGUGCUGGCCUUACACACACUCGUGAACCGACCAAGGCAGAAGGCACAACAGAGGCUGCAGUUCCUAUCCCUGCCGCCCCUAGCCAGCCCGGUGCCCCUCCUGCUGGAGCCCCCACACUUCCUGGCCGCCUCUCUCUAUCUGGUCUUCUUAACAUUCUUGAUGGUGUUGCAUCCCAGGAGGGCCGCGUCCUCAUCAUGACUACCAACCACCUGGAAAAGCUGGACAAGGCUCUCAUUCGACCUGGUCGUGUUGACAAGAUUGUCCAGUUCGGUCUGGCUGAUGCUGACAUGAGUGCUUCCAUCUUCCGCGCCAUCUACGCCCCCUAUGACGGAGAGGAUGUCAACGUCGGAGAAUCCAAGACCAAAUAUCUUGACCCUGAAGAAGAGAAAAAGCAGGUCGCACUCGCCGAAAAGACUCGCCUUGAGACUAUGGAGUGUGUUAAUAAGCUGGCUACCAAGUUCGCUGCCGCGAUCCCCGAGCUCCAAUACAGCCCUGCAGAGAUUCAAGGUCUUCUCCUCAAGAACAAGCGCAACCCUGAGGCAGCCAUCGAAGCUAUUGAUGAGUGGAUCAUCGAGACUGGCAAGGAGAGAAAGCAGAAGGAGAUCGAGGACGCGGAGAAGCGUCAGAAGGAGGAAGCCGCGGCUCGCAAGAAGAAGCGCAAGGAGGAGCGCAAGAAGGCUAAGAAGGCCAAGGCUAAAGCCAAGCGUAGAAGCAACGGCGAGAGCUCUGGUUCUGAUUCUGAUUCCGAUUCUGACUCUGAUUCUGAGACUGAGGUUAAGACCGACGGCAAGAAGGAUGAGGAUAAGAAGGACAAGAAGGACGAGAAGUCUGAAGAAAAGCCCAAGGAAGUCGAGGCUGGAGCGGAAGAGAAGAAGGAUGUCAAGGGUGAAGAGUCUGCUGGAGAGUCUAAGCCCAAGGGCACCUCGGAUUCUGGUUACGACACCCCUAAUCCGGUUUCAUGA